AUGGCGUCCAUGACCAGGGAGACACCUGUUGCCCGUUUCGUUGACGAGGAGGAGGAUGACCUUGUCGGCGAUGAUAGUGGCGACGACGGUGACGAGGUGCUGGAGGUGAGGAGGCGCGUGUCCCGCUUCGCCGUCGGGGGAGACGACGGUGCCGGCGGGGCGGGGGAGUUGAGGAGGCGGGUAUCCCGCUUCGCCGUCGACGGGGGCAGCGGUUCGGGCGGCAGCCGUGGGGUCUUGUCAAGGAGACAGGAGGUCGUCGACGCGGGCGUGCAGGACCGACGUCACCGCGACGGCGGCUGCGAGGGGGCCCGGACCCUGCCGCCGCCGCACGCGUGGCUGGCGGUGGAGGAGACGAAGAAGAACUUCGGGAGCGACAACGAGGAGCAGUGGGCGCGGCUUCUGCAGCGCGGGUCGGCGCAGGCGGAGGUGGCACAGCCGCGGCGGAGCAGCUUCAGCGUGGUCCGGCGGGAGCGGGCGGCGCGGGAGGCCUGGCUGGACCGCGCGUGGGAGAUGAAGAAGAGCUGGCACGAGCGCAACGGCGGCGCCCCCGACGCCGACACCCCGGUGGUAGUCGUGGUGGGGAAGCAGGCCGGCGGGUCCUCGUCCCCGUGCGCCUCCUCCUCCCCGCACCACCACCACUCGUCCGCCAGCGUCGCGAUGGACAUGGAGGAGGUGCGUGCGUGCAGGGACCUCGGCCUCGAGCUCCCCUCCGACGGCACCGUAGAGAUCCAAUGUUACGGCCUCUCCGCCGGCAGCAGCCCUACCCACAGCCACGCCAGCAGCGGCGCCGAGUCGCCCUCCACCGCCGGCAGCUGCUCCAUCUCCAGCCCCAGCGCCGGGGAGAAUCCGGUGGACGUGAAGGCGAGGCUCAAGGUGUGGGCGCAAGCGGUGGCGUUGGCAUCCACCACCCGUCUCGGAUCUUGA